UGACGUAGCUACUUCAAAUAGGCUAAUGCCUCAGUCAGCGUUACUCAUUUUGGAACAGACUGAGAGAAAGCAGAAUCAAAAUGAAGAAGUUACUUGUGUUUGUCUCCUUUUUGGUCCUGAUGAUCACUUUUACAGACACUUCACCAAUUUUGACUGAAAAAGAUGCCAAACAGGUUCUGAGAACUCGUCGUGAAGACAGACCGAGAAAAGCUGGUUUCCCUGAUGAGCCAAUGAGGGAGUAUAUGCUUUACCUCCAGCGCUUGGAGCAGAGAUCAGAAGAACAAUUCCUUGAACACUGGUUGAACCCACAUUGCCUCCCACACUGCAACAGGGAUUUAGUGCAUCCAGUCUAAUGGUUUUGCCUACCCUGCAACUGAUCUCUUCAAGGGCACUGAAAAGGAUAUAUACUAGGAUUGUAUUAAGGGGGACAAGGGUUCUCCUGCAGUGGCUAUGUGCUCAUUGUAGAGCUGAACGUCUUUGCCAUAUCCUAGUGGUAUAGCAAAACUUCCAACUAUAAAUGACUAGAUACGUUAUAGACCACCAUAUAUUUUAUACCAGAAUGACUGCACACAUGAAUAAAUAAAUCAAGGGUUUCCCCAAGCUUCUGAGGUAUGGGCAAGAAUAAAUCACCGAUUAGUCCUAGAGUGUGCUUUUUAAGGGUACAGCUUUAGACUGUCUGAAGCAAAAGGAACUUAAAGGGAGAGGUUCACAGAAAGUUGGGAGAGUAUAAACAUGAAGAAGGGGCCAGUUUUCCGGACUUUGGAGGAAUCCUUAUUAUAGUUUUGUAGGUUAAAUAAAAUAUUGUAUGAAGACAUAACAUUUAUGCAACACUGUUUAAUAGCUUGAUGAGUAUUUUAUGUAUUGUUUCAUAAUAAAAGCUUAAUUCAAAUCCA